CAGCGAAUAACAAUAUUAUCGCAUAAUAGUAUUUUGAAUAUAUUUUCUAGUUCACUUUAACAAAAGGUGUAGAUUUUAAUCAGUGUUACAAUGCCAGCACACGUUAAACUUGAUUCCACAGGAAUCAAGCCAACAUUCGAGCCAGAUUCUGACUCUUCAGGACGCACAGUCCUCGAUGAGGUCAAGGAUGUUAAGAUAAAGUUUUUAAAAAACACGAGGUACCACGCUAUCGCAGAAAUUGAAGGACUGAAUGUCGCCAUCGCAAACGCCAUACGGAGGAUUCUACUCGCAGAAGUGCCAACCCUAGCCAUAGAAAGCGUACAUAUAUACCAAAAUACUGGAGUUAUACAAGAUGAAGUAUUGGCCCAUAGGUUAGGGCUGGUGCCAUUUGACUGUAACCCUGACCUGAUUCCAUAUAGAGAUAACGAGGACCUCAGUGAUAAAAACAGCGUGUGCUUCCACCUAAAGGUGGAAUGUAAAAAGGAAUCUUUGGCUGGGAGGACCAAUUUGCCAGUUUACGCGGGUGAUAUGAAAUGGGUACCGCUCUCAGAUGAACAAGCUGAAUUGUUCAAGGAUAACCCACCGAAACCAAUACAUAAAGAUAUACUGCUUACCAAGCUGUCACCAGGGCAGGAAAUUGACUUAAAGGCGUAUCUCGAAAAGGGUAUUGGUAAAACACACGCCAAGUGGUCACCAGUAUGUACGGCUGUAUACCGCUUCAAACCGGAUAUAACCUUCUCGGAAGAUGAACCACUGACUAAUGAUGAAGUUGAGGAACUAGUGCAAAUAUGCCCAAUGGGCGUCUUCAGUGCUGAUAAAGGACGUAUCACAACUAUUAGGCCCUAUAACUGUACAUCAUGUAGAGCGUGUCUAGAACGCUUCCCCAAAAGAGUUAUCAUAAAGAAGCUGUCCAACCACUUUAUAUUCUCGGUGGAAUCAACCGGCGCCAUACCUAGUGGACAGUUGUUCCUAAAGGCCAUUGGAGUACUAAAGGAAAAGUCACAGAAACUUAAACGGCGUAUGGUAGAUGCCAUAAGCUACACGCAUUAGUCCCAUAGAUGCUAACAUAUAAGAAACGUGAAAACAUGUUAUUUAAUCUGUUAACAGAUAUUAAAAUGCA